AUGACCCAUGAGAACGUGUGGACCCCACGCGCCUCAAGCCCGCAGUGGGGCUUCACCUGGGAGUCCAAGCUAGGCGCUUGUCGCCGCCGGCCUUUAUCGUCUCAUUCGCUUAGGAAUACACUGGAAAAUUAUAACCGCUUCGAUAACAUCCUGCUAGUAGUCUUCUUCAGCCACGCUCGUUACGGUGCCAACCUAGAUUACCACCGAGAAGUAUACUCUGAUUAUUUUCCAAAUAUUCUCUAUAUUGGACCCGCUUCUCGCGAGGACUCUGGCUUUGAUCACUCCUACGAUGUCUUUGUAGACUCCUACCACUCUGAUGAGGAUUUAACUGAUCCAUCAUAUUAUAAGAUGGCAGGGCGCAUGGCUCAUCAUAUGCUGUACACUGCUCUCCAGGAGCAAGACUGUUAUGAUGGCUACCUAUGGGUGCCGUUUGACACGCUGCUGAAUAUUCCGCGAUUGGAAAAGUUUGACCAAAAACUUUUUUGGUACCAUUCGCCAUGGGGCCUGCCUGUUUUUAACCCUGCACAGGAUAAUAACCUCAGCCUUGGCUUGCAUGCUCCUCCUGUCAACGUAUCCCCGGAUACGUCCAUCAAUCUCACGGAAACCUGGAGGGGAUGGGGACCCGACUGGUGGUACCUAUCGCACAUCUAUAGCGAUCCACAUGUGGGAGUCGGAGUUUGCAUGGAAGCUUUCCAGAAAGUACCCGUGCACUUGAGAGAACGCCUUGCUGCAUUCACCAAUGGUGAAACGCGCCUUAUCGGAGGCUCUGCAGAUACGAUGUACAUCCCAGGGCGGCACCGCAGGAUAUUCACGGAAGUAUUGGGCCUGUUCCUUGAAACGACUUGCUUCCUUGAGAUUGCUACGCCUACAACGCUGCACUUGGUCGCGCCUCCCCAUGAGCCGAUUCUCUUUGUGGACCAUUGGUGGAUAUAUCAGCCGCCGUACAAUGCGUCUUUUGUGAGGCAGAAGUGGAAGGAGGGAUACGAGGUGGAUACAUUUCAUACUUUCCAUUGGGGUGAGCGCGAUGGAGAUAAUGUGUGGAGGGCCAACUACGAGAACGUUGCGGAUGUCCGACGUCUGUUGAGGGAGUCGGCGGAGAGACAGCAUAUUGUCUUUCCUGUUAGGUGA